AUGUUUAAAUUACCCAUUCCUCUCAUUCAUUUUCCGAUAACCGUUCCUCUUUUGGAUUUUUCUCUUUUUCCAAAUAUCUUUUCCUUUUUUGCUAUAUUAUUUUCUACUUCUUUCUUUCCCUCUCGUUUAGUUCUUUCCUUCACUCCCUCCCAUUUCUCACAUUCUUUUCUCCUAUUCUUGUUUCAGUCUUUUCUUUUCCCGCUUUCUAUUCUCGCACAUUCUUUUCUCCUAUCCUUCCUAUUCUCAUUUCAUUCCUUUUUUUUUUCUUCCUUUCUAUUCUCACUCAUUCUUUCGUCCUCUCCUUCCUCAUCUCAUUUCAUUCUUUACUUAUCUUCCUUUCAAUUUUCGCUCAUUCUUUCCUUCUCCCCUUUUUAUUGUUUCAUUUUUUCUUUUCCUGCUUUCUAUUCUCGAUCAUUUCUCCCCUCCCUUGAUUUCCUGCCAUCCUUUUCUUUUCCUUUUUUUCUUUCAUUUUAUCCUCCACCUUCAUUCUUCUUUCAUUCUUUUUUUUUUUCCUUUUUUUUCUUUUCAUUUUCCUCCUCCAUUUCUGUCUCAUUCUUUUAUUUUCUUUCCUAUUCUUGUUUUAUUCUUUUUUUAUUUUCCACUUUCUAUUCUCGCUCAUUCAUUUCUCCUCCCCUUCCUAUUUCUGUCUCAUUCUUUUAUUUUCCUGCUUCCUAUUCUCGACAAUGCUUUCUUCUUCUUCUUCAUAUUCUCAUUUCAUUCUUUUUUUCUUCCUUUCUAUUCUCGCUCAUUCAUUUCUCCUCCCCUUCCUAUUUCUGUCUCAUUCUUUUAUUUUCCUGCUUCCUAUUCUCGACAAUGCUUUCUUCUUCUUCUUUCUAUUCUCAUUUCAUUCUUUUUUUCUUCCUUUCUAUUCUCGCUCAUUCAUUUCUCCUCCCUUCCUCAUUUCUGUCUCAUUCUUUUAUUUUUCUCUGUCUUCCUAUUCUCUCGACAAUGCUUUCUUCUUCUUCUUCAUAUUCUCAUUUCAUUCUUUUUUUCUUCCUUUCUAUUCUCGCUCAUUCAUUUCUCCUCCCCUUCCUAUUUCUGUCUCAUUCUUUUAUUUUCCUGCUUCCUAUUCUCGACAAUGCUUUCUUCUUCUUCUUCAUAUUCUCAUUUCAUUCAUUUUUUCUUCCUUUCUUUUUUUUCCUCCCAUUCAUUUCUGUCUCCCUUUUAUUUUCUCGCUCAUUCAUUUCUUCCUAUUCUCAUUUCUUCCUUUUUCUUCUUCUUCUCAUUCUUUUUCCCCUUCUAUUUCUCCUGCUUUUUUUCCUAUUUCUCGACAAUGCUUUUCUCUUCUCUUUCUCAUUUCAUUCUUUUUUUUUUUUCUUUCAUAUUCUCGCUUUUCUUUUUCCUUUUCUUUUCUGUCUCAUCCUUUUUUUUCUUCCUUUCUCGAUUCUCUUCUCAUUCAUUUCAUUCUUUUUCUUCCUUUCUUUCUGUCUUCAUUUUUCUUUUAUUUUCUCAUCCUUUUUUUUUCUACUUCCUAUUCUCGACAAUGCUUUUCUCUUCUUCAUAUUCUCAUUUCAUUCUUUUUUCUUCCUUUUCUAUUCUCAUCAUUCAUUUUUUUCUCCCCUUCCUAUUUCUGUCUCAUUCCUUUUUUUUCCUUCUUCCUAUUCUCGACAAUCAUUUUUCUUUCUUCUUUAUAUUCUCAUUUCAUUUCUUUUUUCUUCCUUUCUAUUCUCGCUUUUCAUUUUUCCCCCUUCCUUUUUCUUGUCUCAUCCUUUUAUUUUCCCUGCUUCCUAUUCUCGACAAUGCUUUUCCUCUUCUUCAUAUUCUCAUUUCAUUCUUUUUUCUUCCUUUCUAUUCUCGCUCAUUCAUUUUCCUCCCCUUCCUAUUUCUGUCUCAUCCUUUUUAUUUUUCCUACUUCCUAUUCUCGACAAUGCUUUUCUCUUUCUUCAUUUUCUCAUUUCAUUCUUUUUUUUCCUUUCCUAUUCUCGCUCAUUCAUUUUCUCCUCCCUUCCUAUUUCUGUCUCAUCCUUUAUUUUCCUACUUCCCUAUUCUCUUACAAUGCUUUUCUCUUCUUCAUUUUCUCAUUUCAUUCUUUUUUUUUUUCUUCCUUUCUAUUCUCGCUCCCUUCUAAACCAUCAUUUCCUCCUCCUAUUCUCUUUUCUGUCUUCUCUUUCUUUUUUUUCCUAUUCUCAUCAUUCAUUUUCCUCCCUUCCUAUUUCUUUCCUUUUUUCUUCUUCCUAUUCUCAUUUCUUUUCUCUUUUUUUUCAAUUCCUUUUUUUAUUCUCGCUCAUUCAUUUUUCCUCCCCUUCCUAUUUCUGUCUCAUCCUUUUAUUUUCCUACUUCCUAUUCUCGACAAUGCUUUUCUCUUCUUCAUAUUCUCAUUUCAUUCUUUUUUUCUUCCUUUCUAUUCUCGCUCAUUCAUUUUUCCUCCCCUUCCUAUUUCUGUCUCAUCCUUUUAUUUUCCUACUUCCUAUUCUCGACAAUGCUUUUCUCUUCUUCAUAUUCUCAUUUCAUUCUUUUUUUUUCCUUUUGUAUUCUCGCUCAUUCAUUUUCCUCCCCUUCCUAUUUCUGUCUCCAUCUUUUAUUUUCCUAAAAGACUAUUCUCGACAAUGCUUUUCUCUUCUUCAUAUUCUUUUUCUUUCAUUCUUUUUUUCUUCCUUUCUAUUCUCUUCUGCUCAUUCAUUUUCCUCCCCCCUUCCUAUUUCUGUCUCAUCCUUUUUUUUCCUGCUUUCCUAUUCUUCGACAAUUCUUUUCUCUUCUUCCUUCAUAUUCUCAUUUUCAUUUUUUUUUCUUCCUUUUUUUCCCUAUUCUCUUCUCAUUCAUUUUUUCCUCCCUUUCUCAUUUCUGUCCUCAUUCCUUUUAUUUUCCCCUAAAUCCUAUUCUCGACAAUGCUUUUCUCUUCUUCAUAUUCUCAUUUCAUUCUUUUUUUCUUCCUUUCUAUUCUCGCUCAUUCAUUUUUCCUCCCCUUCCUAUUUCUAUCCCUUUUAUUUUCCUUCUUCCUAUUCUCGACAAUUCUUUUUCUUCUUUCUCAUAUUCUCAUUUCGAUAUCGGCUCCUCUUCUUCUUCCAUUCUUUUUUUUUCCUUUUAUUCUCGACUCAUUCAUUUUUCCUCCCCUUCCUAUUCUGUCUCAUCCUUUUUUUUCCUCAAUUCCUAUUCUCGAUAAUGCUUUUCUCUUCUUCAUAUUCUCAUUUCAUUUUUUUUUCUUCCUUUCUAUUCUCGCUCAUUCAUUUUCCUCCCCUUCCUAUUUCUGUCUCAUCCUUUUUUUUUCCUACUUCCUAUUCUCGACAAUACUUUCUCUUCUUCUUCAUAUUCUCAUUUCAUUCUUUUUUUUUCCUUUUCUAUUCUUCUCAUUCAUUUUUCCUCCCUUCCUAUUUCUGUCUCAUCCUUUUAUUUUCCUACUUCCUAUUCUCGAUAAUGCUUUUCUCUUCUUCAUAUUCUCAUUUCAUUUUUUUUUUUUCUUCCUUUCUAUUCUCGCUCAUUCAUUUUUCCCCCUUCUAUUUCUGUCUCAUCCUUUUAUUUUCCUACUUCCUAUUCUCGACAAUGCUUUUCUCUUCUUCAUAUUCUCAUUUCAUUCUUUUUUUUCCUUUCUAUUCUCGCUCAUUCAUUUUUCCCCCCUUCCUAUUUCUGUCUCAUCCUUUUUUAUUUUUCCUAAUUCCUAUUCUCGACAAUGCUUUUCCUCUUCUUCCUAUUCUCAUUUCAUUCUUUUUUCUUCCUUUCUAUUCUCGCUCAUUCAUUUUUCCUCCUUCUAUUUCUGUCUCAUCCUUUUAUUUUCCUGAUUCCCUAUUCUCGACAAUGCUUUUCUCUUUCUUCAUAUUCUCAUUUCAUUCUUUUUUUUUCCUUUUCUAUUCUCAUCAUUCAUUUCUCCCCCCCUUCCUCUUUCUGUCAUUCAUUUUUCUUUUUAUUUUCCAUAAAAUUCUCUAUUCUUUUCUUCUUCAUAUUCUCAUUUCAUUCUUUUUUCUUCCUUUCUAUUCUCAUCAUUCAUUUUUUUUUCUUCUCUUCCUUUUAUUUUCCUACUUCCUAUUCAUUUUUUCUUUUCUCUUCUUCCUAUUCUCAUUUCAUUCUUUUUUUUUCAUUCUUUCUCGCUCAUUCAUUUUCCCCCCUUCCUAUUUCUGUCUCAUUCUUUUAUUUUCCUAUUUUUCGGUCACCAAUGCUUUUCUCUUCUUCAUAUUCUCAUUUUCAUUCUUUUUCUUCCUUUCUAUUCUCGCUCCAUUCAUUUUUCCUCCUUCCUCUUUCUGUCUCUUCCUUUUAUUUUCUUUUUUUCCUUUUCUUUCUUUUGCUUUUCUCUUCUUCAUAUUCUCAUUUCAUUCUUUUUUUUCUUCCUUUCUAUUCUCGCUUUUUUCCCAUUCAUUUUUCCUCCCCUUCCCUAUUUCUGUCUCAUCCUUUUUUUUCUUUUCCUAUUCUCGACAAUGCUUUUCUCUUCUUCAUAUUCUCAUUUCAUUCUUUUUUUCUUCCUUUCUAUUCUCGCUCAUUCAUUUUUUCCUCCCUUCCUAUUUCUGUCUCAUCCUUUUUUUUCCUACCUCCCUAUUCUCGACAAUAUUUUUCUUCUUCUUCAUAUUCUCAUUUCAUUCUUUUUUCUUCCUUUCUAUUCUCGCUUAUUCAUUUUCCUCCCCUUCCUAUUUCUGUCUCUUUUUUAUUUUCUACUUCCUAUUCUCGACAAUGCUUUUCUCUUCUUUUUCAUAUUCUCAUUUCAUUCUUUUUUCUUCCUUUCUAUUCUCGCUCAUUCAUUUUCCUCCCUUCCUAUUUCUGUCUCAUUCUUUAUUUUUCCUGCUUCCUUUCUCGACAAUGCUUUCCUUAAGCUUGCAUCUGUUUUCUCAUUUCAUUCUUUUUUUUUUCCUUUCUAUUCUCGCUCAUUCAUUUCUCCCCCCCCCUUCCUAUUUCUGUCUCAUUCUUUUAUUUUCCUGCUUCCUAUUCUCGACAAUACUUUCCUCUUCUUCUUCAUAUCUCAUUUCAUUUCUUUUUUUUUCUUCCUUUCUAUUCUCGCUCAUUCAUUUUCCUCCUUCCUAUUUUCUGUCUCAUUUCUUUUAUUUUCCUGCUUCCUAUUCUCGACAAUGCUUUCUCUUUUCUUUUCUCAUUUCAUUUUUUUCUUCAUUUCUCGCUCUUUUUCUUCCUUUCUCAUUCUUUCUUUUUAAAUUCAUUUUUUUCUAUCUUCAUUUCUCAUUUUUCUUUUUUCUUCCUUUUUCUGUCUCAUUCUUUUUAUUUCCUUUUUUCUUUCUUUUCUCGACAAUUUUUCCUCUUCUUCAUAACUCAUUUUCAUUCUUUUUUUCUUCCUUUUUUAUUCUCCUCUCAUUCAUUUUUUUUCCCUUCCUAUUUUCUUUCUCAUCCUUUUUUUUCCUUCUUCUCUUUCUUUACAAUGCUUUCCUCUUUUCUUCAUAUUCUCUUUUAUUCUUUUUCUUCCUUUUUUCCGCUCAUUCAUUUUUCCUCCCCCUUCCCUAUUUCUGUCUCAUCAUUUUUUUUCCUUCUUUCUUGAAACGACAAUCCUUUUCUCUUUUUCUUGUUCUCAUUUUAAUUCUUUUUUUCUUCCUUUCUCUCAACUCAUUCAUUUUUCGUCCCCCUUCCUUCUUUCUGUCUCAUCCUUUUAUUUUUCUAUUCUUUGUUUCUUCCCUACUUCGACUUUGUUUUGUUUUUUGUUUCUUUUUCAUUUUUUUUUUUUCCCCUUCCUAUUUCUGUCUCCAUUCUUUUUUUUUCUUUCCUUUUCUAUUUCUUCGCUCAACCAUUUUUCAUUUCCUUUUUUUCCUUUCUAUUCUUUCUUUCUUCUUUUUCCUCCCUUUUUUUCUGUCAUUCCUUUUAUUUUCCUUUUUCCCAUUCUCGACAAUAUUCUUUUGUCUUCUUUCAUUUUCUCAUUUCAUUCUUUUUUUUCUUCCUUCAUUUCUUUCUCAUUCAUUUUUCCUCCCCUUCCUUUUCUGUCUCAUUCUUUAUUUUCCUGCUUCUAUUCUCGAUAAUGCUUUUUCUUUUUUUUCUUAUUCUCAUUUAAUUCUUUUUCUUCCUUUUUUUCUCAUAUUCAUUUUUUCUCCUCCCCUUCCUAUUUCUGUCUCAUUCUUUUAUUUUUCCUUUUUCCUAUUCUCAUAA